AUGGUUCGAGACCUAAAGUACAUGAUGCUUCGUGGGUUCGGUCUCGUGUGUCUGUUCAUGAUCGUUAACAAAGCCGACGCUAGAGAGUUUGCGGUCGGCGGGUCAAACGGUUGGACCGUUCCUUCCGGUUCUCAAGUGUACAGUCAAUGGGCAGAACAGAGCAGAUUCCAAAUCGGUGACUCUCUGCUGUUCGUCUACCAGCCAAACCAAGAUUCGGUGCUUCAAGUCACAAGAGACGCUUACGACAGCUGCCACACAGACGCACCAACCGCAAAAUUCGCCGAUGGCAAAACUUCCUUCGCGCUAACCCACUCUGGGCCUUACUAUUUCAUCAGCGGAAACAAAGACAACUGCAAGAAAAACGAGAAGCUCGUGGUCAUCGUCAUGGCUGAUAGAAGCGGCAACAACAAAGCCACACCAUCAUCACCUCCGUCUCCAGCCCCGGCUCCCUCGGGGGAAUCCGCUCCUUCUCCCCCUGUGACCGGAACCAAUGACAUGCCCCCAUCACCUACGCCUACUCCGUCUCAAGAAACUCCAAACAACUCAGCUUCUCCCUCUUCCUUUGUCGCUGCUCUUCUUGGGGCUGCUCUUGCUUCCACUCUAUUCCUACACUAA